GAUACAGAAGAGCGGGGACACCAAACUGUCAGGCAGCGGUGGCUCGGCUUAGUAGGAUAAACCUCAUUUUCUGCUCUGUUUGACACUGGAAAAAAGUCCAGUGAAAGCCCAACUGUAGCAAGAUGGGAUCUGCCUCCUCAACUUACCGGCCCAAGUGUAUUUAUUUGGAUGUUGAUGGAAGAAUUCAAAAGGUGAUCUUUAGUAAAUAUUGCAACUCCAAAGAUAUCAUGGACCUCUUCUGCAUUGCAACAGGCUUACCAAGGAACACAACAAUCUCCCUUUUGACAGCAGACAAUUGCAUGGUGUCCAUUGAUCCAACAAUGCCUGCAAACUCAGAGAGGUCUCCAUACAAAGUGAUACCAGUUGCCACUGGGCAGCUUUCAGAGAAAGAAGAAUUGUUCCAGAAUUUACUGGGACAGAUUGCUGAGCAGUUUUCAAGGGUUUUUAAACUCACUGAGCUGAAAACGGAAGUAGCUAAUCACUUGGCAAUGCUGGAGAAAAAGGUUGAAUUGGAAGGCCUGAAAGUGGUGGAGAUUGAGAAAUGCAAGAGCGACAUUAAAAAGAUGAGGGAGGAAAUGGCAGCAAGAAGCAGCAGGACUAACUGUCCCUGCAAGUACAGCUUUUUGGAUGAAAACAAGAGGCCGACUCCCCGGCGGGACGUACCAUCCUACCCAAAGUACAUGCUGUCCCAGGAGACCAUUGAAGCACUUCGGAAACCAACCUUUGACGUCUGGCUGUGGGAGCCCAAUGAGAUGCUGAGUUGUUUGGAACAUAUGUACCAUGAUCUUGGGUUGGUAAAAGACUUCAACAUCAAUCCUAUCACGUUAAAGAGGUGGUUGCUGUGUAUUCAUGACAAUUACAGAAACAACCCUUUUCAUAAUUUCCGGCAUUGCUUCUGCGUGACCCAGAUGAUGUACAGCAUGAUCUCGCUCUGCAACCUCCAGGAGAAAUUUUCCCAACUUGACAUCUUGAUUCUUAUGACUGCAGCAGUAUGUCAUGACUUGGACCAUCCGGGCUAUAACAACACCUAUCAGAUAAAUGCACGAACUGAGCUUGCGGUACGCUACAAUGACAUCUCCCCACUGGAGAACCACCACUGUGCUGUGGCUUUCCAGAUCAUUUCCCAGCCAGAAUACAACAUUUUCUCCAAUGUCGACCAGGACCAAUUCAAACAGAUAAGACAGGGGAUAAUUACGUUAAUCCUGGCUACAGACAUGGCGAGACAUGCAGAAAUACUGGACUCUUUCAAGGAAAAAAUGGAAAAUUUUGAUUAUUCAAAUGAAGAGCAUGUGACCUGUCUGAAGAUGGUGCUGAUAAAAUGCUGUGAUAUCUCCAAUGAAGUCCGCCCGAUGGAAGUAGCAGAGCCCUGGGUAGAUUGCCUGCUAGAGGAGUAUUUUAUGCAGAGCGACCGAGAAAAAUCUGAGGGGCUUCCAGUGGCACCGUUCAUGGACCGCGACAAAGUGACCAAGCCGACAGCACAGAUUGGCUUCCUGAAGUUUGUUCUCAUCCCCAUGUUCGAAACAGUAACAAAGCUGUUCCCAGAAGUGGAGGAGGUGAUGCUCCAGCCCCUUUGGGAAUCCAGAGACCACUAUGAGGAAUUAAAACAGAUAGAUGAUGCUAUGAAAGAGUUGCAGAAAAAGAAAAGUGAAAGUUUGACCACCAGCAGUACCGAAAAGUGA